AUCACUUAUCAGUCACUUUCAAGUUGAACUUUGGAUUGGAGCCAACUGUAGAGUGUCGAGUUGCGGAUUGAAAAUUUGCAGAAAAGCAUGCAGUUUGUUGUAAAAAUCUAGUAUAUGCGACUGAGAAUCAUUUAAAAUGUUGUUCAUCAAAAGUUUAAUAUUUCUGUGUUCAUUAAGUUUGGGAUUUUCCCAAAAGAAAAAAGAUUUUACAUGUGUUCCUAUGAAUUCUUGUCAGUGCAUGUUUCAAAAUGGAUUAGGCAUCGACUUAAAUGGAUUAAACGUGACGUUCAACGCACCCGGUACAUUAAUAAUUUUUCAUCCUUGUUCCAACAUUUUCCCGUCAGACACCGUUUUUCAAAAUCAUACGGUAGCAAUGAACCAUUGCGAAGGAGGAUCUUCGCUAUGUUUGUAUGAAUAUAUCGAUUCAAAUCAUUCCAAAAUGAUCAAUUUGGGCGAAGCAGAUUCAUUGACGUUUCAAACUAGCUCAGAUGGUACCGAUACCGAUAUAAAGCUGUUAUUCGAGUAUGAGUCAUGGAAAACAACGAUUCAUUUACAAUGUUCACCUCAAGGCGAUCUGGGUGUUUUGGAUCUUAUAAAGAUGGAAAAUCAAAAUAUCGAAUUGUCGUUGGUAUCUCGAAGAUCGUGUUUAACUCGUGAUUUUUCAGAGGUACCGAUGAGUGGAUGGGUAGUCGCUGUCAUUAUUAUCAUUGCACUCGUCGUGUUUUAUUUUUUUGGAGGAGCAGCUCUACUUCGAAUUGUAUUCGGCAACGAAAAUGGUGAUAUUGUUAUGCAUCAAACGUUUUUGAUGAAAUUGAAGGAUCGUUUAAAAGGGAUUCCUUCUUAUUUCGCUAGUUGUUGUCAAUCGUCCCGUGGUUAUGAAGAGAUUUAGGAUUUUAUUGAGGUUAUACUUUCAAGUUAUUGCUUUCCUGUGAUAAAUUAUUGUUUAAGCUAUCAUUUUUUUGAGUGAGACUGAUUGUUUGCCCAUCGUUGGCGUUUUGAGUACGUUUCAUAUUGUUGUGAUUCAUAUGUUUGAUUUAUUUUUGUAUCGUAUUUUCUAACUAUCGUAAGGUAAAAACUAAAAAGUACAAUUCUAAAAUUUUUAUAAUAUUUUCCAGUUCUCUGUGCUGUUCAAGUCAAUUAUAUCGUAUGUAAAUUUA